UUGAUCAUACGAAAGGUUGAGGUCCUCGUGAUCGCAAAAUGGCACGCGGAUAGUAAAAAUUAUCAAGAAAUAUAAUAAAAAAAUAUUCACGGCGAACGAUCGUAUCGAAUAACGAUGGCGUCGGCUUACGUUAAAAAUGAGCAAGGUGGAACGUUCAUCCCUGCCAGUCAACGUCCAGAUGGUACUUGGCGCAAGCCACGACGUGUGAAAGAUGGCUAUAUUCCACAAGAAGAAGUUCCAUUAUAUGAAAGCAAAGGAAAGCAAAUAAAAAAUAAACCCUUAUACCCAGUAGGUGCAAGCCCAGAAUUCAUAGCUGAGCACAAAGCUAAGAAAGAAAUGCUGCUGGCAGCCAAGGCAAAGACAAUUCCUGGUGCUGCGGCGAAAACAGAAACUAAGAAGAAGAAGAAAAAGAAUAAAAAUAAAACUGCUGAACACAUAACGGAAGAAUUGGCUAAAACCACGAUCACUGAGCCAGAACAGAAGAAAGAACUGCACCAAAACAACAAACAGACCAAUGCUAAACCAUUACCAAAUAAUCAAAUCUCAACACCGAAACCAAAUGUUACUAAUCAAUCUGAGACUGCAAUACCGGACCCACAGAAAAGACUAAAAAAUUUAAGGAAGAAGAUCAGAGAAAUUGAAACAUUAGAAGAGAAGAUUAAGAUAGGUUUACUGAAAAAUCUGGAAAAAGAAAUACUUGAUAAGUUAGCGAGGAAAGCCGAAAUUUCGAAAGAGAUUAAACGAUUAGAGGCAAGUCAAUAGAAGGAAAAUGUUGAUAAAUCUGUUUACACACUCUCAUGGUUCAUCACUCUUUGUAGUUGUACCCAAACAAAUGUGUAUUUCUUAAAAUUUAAAACAAUUUUACUACAGAUUUACGUAACGUCGUACUUUCAUCCUCUUUAUACAGUAAAUAAAUAGCAAUAAAGAAAAAUGUACAUUUCUAUAAAAAGAUUCAAAUCGGAUACUAAUGAAUUUAGUACACUAUUAUGUCACUGUGUGAAAGACCAAUCGAUCAGAUUUUAAUAAAAAUAAAUUGUUUUCGCA